AACCACGAAUUCUCUGCUGAGGAACUGACGAGAGACAGAAAUAUAAAACAGUACAGAAAUCACUAUGUGAGCAGAGAGGUUUUACCAGUCUGUCUGAACUGAGAGUCAUUCCCUUCAGAGACCAGUCUAAACCAGAACAGUUCAUGACAAGCGGAAUUAAAACCAACAUGUAGCAGUGAUCUAAAAGGAAUGCGGACUCUUCUCCAGGACAUAGAGAUCUGUGGAUGAGCUAUUAGAAAACUCCCGCUUCGGCUCUCUUAAGGACUUCUACAUUUGCGUCCUUUACAUCCUUUAAGAAAUCAACAUCGAAAUGAGCAAGAGACACUUCAAAGUGGGUCAGCACACGUGGGCUCUUCUCUGCAAGAACUGUCUUAGAAAGUGGAGGAUGAAAAGGGAGACCUUGAUGGAAUGGUUUUUCUCAUUUCUUCUAGUACUAUUUGCUUACCUGUUAUCCUCCAAUUUACAUCAAGUUCAUGACUCGCCUCAAAUACCUGACACGGAUCUGGGACGUGUAGAUAAUUUUAACGAUUCUAAUUACAUCGUUGCAUUUGCUCCAGAGUCUCAAACCUUCCAAGAGAUAAUGAACAAGGUGGCAUCAACUCCAUUCAUGAAAGGAAGAACAAUCAUGGCAUGUCCUGAUGAAAAAAGCAUGAAUGAACUAGAUUUAAAUUAUUCCAUAGAUGCAGUGAGAGUCAUCUUUAAGGAUACCUUCUCAUAUCACUUGAAAUUUUCUUGGGGUCAGAGGAUCCCUAAAGUGAAAGAACACAAAGACCAUUCAGCUCACUGUCAAGAAAUGAACAAAAAAAUAACAUGUGAGAAUUCGAUCUUCUGGGAGAAAGGCUUUGUAGCCUUUCAAGCUGCCAUUAAUGCUGCUAUCAUAGAAAUCACAACAAAUCACUCAGUAAUGGAAGAGCUGAUGUCAGUUAUUGGCACAAAUAUGAAGAUACUACCUUUUAUUGCCCAAGGAGGAGUUACAACUGAUUUUUUCAUUUUCUUCUGCAUUAUUUCAUUUUCUUCAUUCAUAUACUAUCUGUCAGUCAGUGUUACAAAAGAAAGACAAUACAUGAAGUCACUGAUGGCAGUGAUGGGGCUUCGAGAGUCUGCAUUCUGGCUAUCCUGGGGCUUGAUGUAUGCUGGCUUUGUUCUUGUCACCGCUACUUUGAUGGCUCUUGUUGUAAAAUCUGCCCAAGUUGUUGUCUUAACUGGUUUCGUGGUGGUUUUUCUUCUUUUCCUUCUCUACGGCCUGUCUUUGAUAACUUUAGCUUUUCUCAUGAGUGUGCUGUUAAAGAAACCUUUCCUUACUGGCUUGGCUGUCUUUCUUCUUACUGUGUUUUGGGGAAGUCUGGGAUUCACAGCAUUGUACAAACAUCUUCCUGCCUUUAUGGAAUGGAUCUUGUGUUUUCUUAGCCCCUUUGCCUUCACUACUGGAAUGGCCCAGCUUAUACAUUUGGACUAUGAUGUGGAUUCUAAUGUUUACUUAGAUUCUUCAGACAACUCCUACUUAAUAGUAGCUACUCUUUUCAUGUUGGUUUUUGAUGCUCUUCUCUAUUUGGCAUUGGCAUUAUAUUUUGACAAAAUUUUGCCUGCUAAGUUUGGACAUCAACAUUCUCCCUUAUUUUUCCUGAAGUCCUCUUUUUGGUUUCAAUACCAAGGAGCUAAUCAUGUGGUUCUUGAGAAUGAAAUAGAUUCUGAUCCAUCACUGAAUGACUCUUUUGAACCAGUGUCUCCAGAAUUCCAGGGGAAAGAAGCCAUCAGGAUCAAAAAUCUUAGAAAAGAAUAUACAGGAAAGCACGGAAAAAUAGAAGCUUUAAAAGGUCUGGUAUUUGACAUAUAUGAAGGCCAAAUCACUGCCCUCCUGGGUCACAGCGGAGCUGGGAAAUCCACCCUGAUAAAUACACUUAGUGGAUUGUCACCACCAACAGCAGGCUCUGUCACCAUCUAUAAUCAAGUACUUUCAGAACUGGCUGAGUUUGAAACUGUCAUGAAACUUACUGGCGUUUGUCCACAAUCCAAUGUACAUUUUGAUUUUCUUACUGUGAGGGAGAAUAUCAAGCUGUUUGCUAAAAUAAAAGGAAUUCUACCACAUGAAGUGGAGCAAGAGGUACAACGAGUUUUACGGGACUUAGAAAUGGAAAAUAUUCAAGACAUUCUUGCUCAAAAUCUAAGUGGUGGAAAGAAAAGGAAAUUAACUUUGGGGAUUGCCAUUUUAGGAGAUCCUCAGAUUUUGCUACUGGAUGAACCAACUGCUGGGUUGGAUCCUCUUUCAAGACACCGUGUGUGGAGCCUCUUGAAAGAGAGGAAGGCAGAGAGAGUAAUUGUCUUUAGUACCCAGUUCAUGGAUGAAGCCGAUAUUCUGGCUGACAGGAAGGUGUUUAUAUCCAACGGGAGGCUGAGGUGUGCAGGUUCAUCUCUAUUCCUGAAGAAGAAAUGGGGCAUUGGCUACCACUUAAGAACACCACACGCCAGGAAGUUUAAUGUCCCUGUCUCCCAUUGUUUCAAGGUGGUAGAGCCUUUGGAUCAUGAUACAGCACUUUACAGAGAUCUUGAUAAGUGUUCAAACCAAGGCAUUGAGGAUUAUGGUGUUUCUAUGACAACACUGAAUGAGGUAUUCCUGAAAUUAGAAGGAAAGUCAGUGACUGAUGAAUCAGAUGUUGGAAUUUGGGGGCAAUUGCAAAGUGAUGGGGAGAAAGGCAGGGGGAGCCUUGUUGAGCUGCAAGAAAUGUUGUCCUCCCUCAGUGGGACAAGAAAGACAGUGAGCGGCACGGCACUCUGGAGGCAGCAGCUCUGCACAGUCGCAAAAGUUCGCUUCCUAAAGCUAAAGAAUGAAAGGAAAAGCUUAUUGACCAUACUAUUGUUUUUGGGGAUUAGCUUUCUCCCUCAACUACUGGAACAUCUGUUCUAUGAACUGUACCAUAAGAGUUACUCUUGGGGCCUGUCUCCGCGGAUGUAUUUCCUCUCUCCAGGACAACCACCGCAGGAUCCUCUGACCCACUUACUAGUCAUCAAUCAAACAGGGUCAAGCAUUGAUAACUUUAUCCAUUCACUAAGACUGCAGAACAUUUCAUUAGAAGUGGAUGCCUUUGGAACCAGAAAUGGCCCAGAAGAGUCAUUAUACAACGGUGCUAUCACUGUGUCAGGUGAUGAAAAGGAUCACAGAUUUUCAAUAGCAUGCAAUACCAAAAGAUUAAACUGCUUUCCAGUCCUCAUGGAUAUUAUUAGCAACGGGAUGCUUGGAAUCCUUAAUUCCUCAGAGCGCAUUCAGACUGACAGGAGCACAUUUUUUGAAGAGCACGGGUACAUGACCAAUGCAUUCUUCUGGAUACCAGUGGCUGCCGGUCUCACCCCUUAUAUCGCCAUGAGCAGCAUCAGUGACUACAAGAAAGGAGUUCUUUCCCAACUGUGGAUUUCAGGUCUCUGCCCUUCUGCCUACUGGUGUGGACAGGCCCUGGUGGACAUUCCCCUGUACUUCUUGAUUCUCCUUCUCAUGCAAAUAAUGGACUGUGUUUUCAGCCAGGAGGAGAUUUUAUUUAUAGUUGAAAACCUGUUAAUUCAGAUCCUGUGUAGUAUUGGGUAUGCGUCAUCUCUUGUCUUCCUGACAUAUGUGAUUUCAUUCAUUUUUCGUAACGGCAGGAAAAACAGUGGCAUUUGGUCAUUUUUCUUCUUAAUUAUCACCAUCUUCUCAAUAGUUGCUAUGGAUAUAAAUGAAUAUGGAUUUUUGGGUCUUGUGUUCUGCACCUUAUUAAUACCACCCUUCACUCUGAUUGGCUCUCUGCUAAUUUUUUCUGAGAUUUCGUAUGAUUCUAUGGAUUACUUGGGAGCUUCAGAAUCUCAAAUCGUAUUUCUGGCACUGCUAAUACCUUACCUUCAGUUUCUCAUUUUCCUAUUUGUUUUACGAUGUCUGGAGAGGUAUUUCAGGAAGAAAUCACUGAGGAUGGACCCUGUGUUCAGAAUUCCACCAAGAAGUUGUGAUGUUUUUCCAAAUCCAGAAGAGCCUGUAGAAGAAGAUGAAGAUGUUCAGAUGGAAAGAAUGAAGACAGCAAACGCAACGAGUAUCUUACAAAUUGAGGAGAAACCAGCCAUUAUUGCCAGCUGUCUGCGGAAGGAAUAUGCAGGCCAAAAGAAAAAUUGCUUUUCCAAAAGGAAGAAGAAGAUUGCCACAAGAAAUGUCUCCUUCUGCGUCAGAAAAGGGAAAGUUCUAGGGCUGUUAGGACACAAUGGAGCUGGUAAGAGUACAACGAUCAGGAUGAUAACUGGAGACAUAAAACCAACUGCAGGACAGGUGUUUCUGAAAGGGAGCGGUGAAGGGGAUGCCCUGGGGUUCCUGGGGUACUGUCCUCAGGAGAAUGUGCUGUGGCCCCUCCUGACUGUGAAGGAGCACCUGGAGGUGUAUGCCGCUGUGAAAGGGCUGAACAAAGGGGAUGCCUUGGUCACCAUUACACGAUUGGUGGAUGCCCUCAAACUGCAAGAGCAGCUGAAGGCUCCUGUAAAGACCUUAUCAGAGGGAGUGAAGAGAAAGCUGUGCUUCGGGCUGAGUAUCCUGGGGAACCCGUCUGUGGUGCUGCUGGAUGAGCCGUCUACCGGGAUGGACCCUGAGGGGCAGCAGCAAAUGUGGCGAGCCAUCCAGGCCACCUUCACAAACACAGAGAGGGGCGCCCUCCUGACCACCCAUUACAUGGCAGAGGCAGAAGCUGUGUGUGACCGCGUGGCCAUCAUGGUGUCUGGGAGGCUGAGGUGUAUUGGUUCUAUCCAACAUCUGAAAAGCAAAUUCGGCAAAGAUUACCUGCUGGAGAUGAAGGUAAAUGCCAUUGCACAGGCGGAGCCCCUGCACGCAGAGAUCCUGAAGAUUUUCCCCCAGGCUGCUCGGCAAGAAAGAUACUCCUCUCUGAUGGUCUAUAAAUUGCCUGUCGAGGAUGUACGCCCUUUAUCACAGGCUUUCUUCAAACUGGAGAGACUUAAAGAGAACUUUGACUUGGAGGAAUAUAGCCUCUCACAGUCCACGCUGGAGCAGGUCUUCCUGGAGCUCUCCAAGGAACAGGAGAUGGAUGAUAUUCAAGAGGAACUUGAUCCUUCAGUAAAGUGGAAGCUCCUCCCACAGGAAGAACUUUAAAGUUCCAAAUAUAUUUCUCUUCAAGUUCAUGACUCUUCUAGAGACAAUAUUUAAAAGCACGAAUAUAUCUUUGCUAUCUCGGAUAUGGCACAAAGUACUUUUGAAACUGGUGUCAUAUUUUUCUUAAUAUUUCUUAUGCGGGUGGGGGUAGUGGGUAAAGUAGGAGCAGGCCAGGCCAUGCAGCCAGAGUACCUUGAGCCAAAUCAAGUUUUACACAAGAUGGAGUUUAAAAAGCAGUUAUAAUAGUAUUGUUUAUGUUUCUGAGCACACUGCCAAGACUGAUUUCCUUACCCUGAAUUCUAAAGCAUUGACUAUUUUCUUUCAUUCUUCAUUAGGAAAGAUAUAAAUGUAAACAGUACUGAUUUCAGGGAGAAGGGAAUCUCUUGAUUUCCCAACAACAUGUUCACUUUCUGUAACUCAUUCUAACCUGUUCUCCAUUCGGUGAUUCUCCUUUUCUAAUGCUUUGCAGACUUUAGAUUAUAGAUUAAAGGAUUUGUACUACAAAAGAAAUCUUAAACUUGUGAAGGUAAAUACUUAUGAUAAUUAAAUGUUGGAGUAGAUGAACAUUUGAAACACAUAUUUACUUAUAAAUCUGAAACACAUUUCUAAAUUUGUGAUUUUAAAAAUAUUUUAUUUUGUUUUUAUUUUACGUGUAUGCGUGUAUUGCCUGCAUGGAGGUAAUUGCA